AUGCGAAAGUAUGGAGUUCACCACCGCUUGUCUACACCCUACCACCCACAGUCAAAUGGCCAAGCCGAAGUGUCAAACAGGGAAAUCAAGGCAAUUCUAGAAAAAACGGUUAUUCCCACAAGGAAAGACUGGAGCCAUCGGCUGGAGGACACGCUCUGGGCCUACAUGACCGCUUUUAAAACGCCUAUCGGAAUGUCCCCAUACUGGCUAGUAUUUGGGAAAAUGUGCCAUCUACCUGUGGGGGUGGAACAUCAAGCCUACUGGGCAGUCAAGGAAAUGAAUAUAAAUACCGAGGAUGGAGCUGCAGAGAGGAGAAUGCAGCUACAAGAGCUUGAAGAACUCCGUCUGGACGCCUAUGACUCUGCCAUGUGGUACAAGGAAAAGACUAAGAUGUGGCACGUUAAGAACCUUCGCAAGAAGGAACUCAAGGUGGGUCAAAAAGUACUGCUGUUCCAAUCCAGACUGAAAUUGAUUCCAGGAAAGCUUAGGUCAAGGUGGAUAGGACCUUACACCAUUGUCGCCAUCCGAACGAAUGGAGCAAUCGAACUCCAAGGAAGCGAUCCAGAUUCACCUACCUUCAUAGUGAAUGGUCACAAGGUAAAACCGUACAGAGAAGGAAUUGAGGCAUUCGUGGUGGACGACAUUCCACUACUCAUGCCAAACUCUUGCCAAUAA